CCUGCCUGGUUUAGUCGAGUGAUCUUCCAAGUCAGACAGACCAACCCCACAGAAAGAAAAUUUCCUGCUCCCAAGCACUCCCAAGACAUUUGUGUUCUAUUCACAAAGAGAGAGUGUGAAGCAAGCUAUUGCUAACAAUAUGGCGUGUAUGGAUAUACUAAAGAGUGCCCUUCUGGCUGUGAUAUUUGUCAUAUAUCUGGUGUUUGGGGCAUUUGUUUUCCAAAGACUGGAGAAGGAAGCAGAAGAUACUGCAAAGUCCAACACAUAUCUACACAGACUGGAUUUCCUGAAAAACUACACGUGUCUAACCCAUGAAGCCUUGGAUCAACUAGUUAACGUAAGAAAAAAGGCAAAAAAAUUAAAAAUUGUAUUUCUGAGUGUGAGUGAGCCUAGAAUCUGAUUAGAAUUAUUGUUGGGAUCUGUCAUUGUUUAAAAGAUAAAGUGAGAGAUUUAUCAAGGUAAAGCCAGAAGCUAGACUUGGGCAAAGUGCUACAUAAGCAGCAAUCACCAUGGAAACCAAUAAAAUGUAUCUUAACAUUUAGCACGUUGCAUCUGGAAUGGUACUUUGUAUUAAGGAUAGCACAUACUUAGCCUAGAUAAAUCUCCGGCAAUGUAGGUAAUAAGUAAAGCAGAGACAAUGUACAUAAUGUUCAAUAUGCAAAAUAUAUUGGAAACCUUUACAAAUACUAAGACGUUGAGAGAGAUUGACUAAGCAUCUGUUUUUGGCUACUUAAUAGAAACAGGACAUUUGUUUUUGCUUAGCUAGAAUGACAUUGUGACCUUGUUGCUAAUUUUAUCUGAGAAACAUAAAAUACAUAUUUUUAUGGCUGCACUGGCUAAACUUAAAGGAACACUCCACCUACCAUAACCACUACAGUUUGCUGUAGUGUUUAUGGUGCAAGGUGUGUCCUGGAGCCCUCCCAGAAUAAGUAGUCAAACCAUUUAAGAAUGGUUUAACUACUUACCUCGGUCUUACUGGGUGCCCACUACUGACUCCCCUGCCACUAACCUAAGCUGCCACUGACAGCAUAACUCUUUCAGGUGCUUCUGGCAGUGGGGGAGGUGAUGUCAGAAGCCCAGUGGGACACAGGUAACUUGUUAAGUCUUUCUUAAAAGGUUUUAUUAUAUAAUUCGUGAGGGUCCCAGGGCACCCCUGGGAGCAUUAUUACUAAAAUGGGCUGUAGUAGUUAUGGUUCCUGAGUGUUCUUUUAAGGUUGCGACAGAUCUCUAAGCUAGUUGAGUUAGUACAUAUCUAUUUUUGAUAACAAUAGUGAUAAAUGUAACAAUGUGGUAGACCAUUUUAAUUGAGGUUAUUAAUAGGUUUUGGGGAGCUAGUGGUUAGAAAUCACCCUAUGCAGAGGGAAGAGGGGCUGAACAGCUUUGGUUAUCUGCUGGAUGGGGGAUUAUUUUAUAAGUAGGAGUACUCCUGGUUCAUUGAUCACUGGGGCUUGGGACCUACUUAGCAACUAUUGUUAUUAUAUUUCCCUCUCAGAAAUCAGUGGGUGGAAGAAGGGGUAGGGGUCCUUCACCUGGUAUUAAGUCUUUAGAAGAUGGUAUUGAAGGAAAGGAAUAUCAGUGGUCUCUAAAGGGACACUGUAGGCACUGUAACUGCUUUAUCUAGUUGAAGUGGCUAUAGUGUCUGAGAGUCCCCUGGAACUGUAGCUCUAUUCAGCGUAAACACGUUUUCAUGUUUUAAUGCAACUACCCUUUGCCAAGUGUUGUAAGGUAAACGGUACGUCUGCACUGAACACCUUUUUUCUUGGAUUAUUCUAUUGCAUUUUAAAGGACCACUAUAGUGCCAGGAAAACAUACUCGUUUUCCUGGCACUAUAGUGCCCUGAGGGUGCCCCCUCCCGCCCGGCUCUGGAAGGGGGAAAGGGGUUUAAACUUACCUUUUUCCAGCGCUGGGCAGAGAGCUCUCCUCCUUCUCUCCUCCUCCGUUCCUCCUCCUGGGCUGAAUGCGCACGCGCGGCAAGAGCUGCGCGCGCAUUCAGCCCGUCGCAUAGGAAAGCAUUUACAAUGCUUUCCUAUGGACGCUUGCGUGCUCUCACUGUGAUUUUCACAGUGAGAAGCACGCAAGUGCCUCUAGCGGCUGUCAAUGAGACAGCCACUAGAGGCUUUGGGGGAAGGCUUAACCCAUUAAUACACAUAGCAGUUUCAGCUGCUAUGUUUAUUAAAAAAUGGGUUAAUCCUAGCUGGACCUGGCAUCCAGACCACUUCAUUAAGCUGAAGUGGUCUGGGUGCCUAGAGUGGUCCUUUAAGUGUAUCUUUGUGACUGUAGACUUUGGUGUUACUGUAGCAGCACUAUUAUUAGCGCCAUCUAUUCCUUCUUUUUCUGUUUCCACAGUGCUUUAAUGAGUCCAGCAAAAAGAUCCAUUGCAUUGUUAAAUACAGGCAAGAGGAUCUCCAGGAAAGAAACAUCUAACAGUGCACUAUUGUAAAGUAAAAUCAAUAUAUACUGAACAGUACUACACUAUUAUUGGUUUCUCUUUUAUAUGAAAGUUAAAGUUUAAACCAGUUUAAAAAUAUUCAUUAAUUCUGCCUGUGUUUAUUUUCUGUGAUGUAUCAGAUUAAUGUCAUAAAUGGUUCCUGUUUUUGCUUUGCACCAAAUUCAAUGUACUCUGUUUAGAUCAACUAAAGUUUUUAUUUAUCAACUUUAAUUCCAUGUAAAUAAGUUUGUUGCUCGACCCACAGACAUGUAUCUAUUUAUAAGGGGAAAAAAUGACUGUGUGUAAGGAACACCAUCUGGUAUUAUCUCUUCCUAUAAACAAGAUAAAAUGAUAUUAUACUGUUUGGAUAUCGGUACACGCCAGGUCUAUGUUUGCCUUAAUAAAUAUUUAUUUUUAUGACCAGGUUAUUGGAGAUGCAGUUAAACAAGGGAUAAACCCAUUGGCCAAUUCAACCGAAAACAGUCACACGAACUGGGAUUUCAGCAGCUCAUUUUUCCUGUCUGGCACUGUGGUAACUACAAUAGGUAACUAAAUUUGGGGUAAUCUGCACAGAUAGGUGAAAGUUGCACACUAUGGCCCGCACUACAAUUUGGUUUUGGUAACUGGUAGGGAACACUUCCUGACCUUCUGAUUGUCCUCAAAGAUCAUAAUUCCAAUUUCAACAAUCUUUUUUUCCACAUUUUGUGGUGACUAAGUAAUAAAAGUUAGCAUCUUAAAACUAGACCUAAACUAUGAUUUCACUGUUUUCAAACUGCCAGGUGUAUAAUCAUGUUAAUAGGCGGCACGCCUAUUAUGUUUAAUAUCACAGUUUGUGUGUUUCGUUAAGGUACCUCUAAACAGACAUUUUUAUGUUUUCAUUUUUGCUAUCUUGUAUUUUAUUUACAGUGCUUAUUUGUCCUUUAAUCAGUUUAAUUCAUAAGUGAGUAAUUAAAGGGAGUUUAGAAGCACCAAUACAACUUUAGCUUAAUGAAGCAGUUUUGGUGUAUAGCUCAUGCCCCUGCAGUCUCACUACUCAAUUAUUUGCUGUUUAGGAGUUAAUUCCCUAUGUUUAUACAGCCACAGGCACAACUCCCAGGCUGAGGCUUACACAACCUCCUUACACACUUCCUAAAAAUGGUCUGAUUAUUUUUUAGCUUCCCUUUUUGCACAGUGUGUUUAAUUUAGAGUUUCCUACCCCUUGUUUUGUUAAUUGCCUGCUAGAACCUGCAACAGCCCCCUUUGUUGAUGUUGGCUGUGUGAGUGUCAGACAGUGAUGUUUGACUAGGGCUGGAUAAAGAAAGUGACUUAACACCUAAAAGGCAGUGAACUGAGCAGGGAGACAGCAGGGACAUGAUAUCUCUAGGUUUUUGAUGGUCGCAUGAAAGUGUUUAUUGAUCUUUUAGUGACAGGGUUCUAAUUGAGGAAACAUGCAUUUGUAAAGAGGUACUCACAGUCAGACAGACAGCCGGGGAUGCUAUUUUCCCUAUUCCAUUAGUUCUUUGUGAAGUGACAGACACACUCUGCUACAGCACACCUGCCUUCUCUCCCACCUAAAUGCCCGUUUGCACUUUAGCCCCUCACAGGCUUCCAGUCUGGGACUCCCUGAGUGGCAGCACAGAGAAGUUGGGCUGAAAGUUAUGAAUGUGUUGCUCAAAAUCAGACAUUUUUUCAGCGAGAAGCCUCUGGAUUGGUCAUUGCCCCGGCACUGACUGACAGUUUAUGCUGGGGAAAAAGGGAAAAGCUGGUUUUAGAUAUAUCCACAAUGUAAAAAUGUAUAAUAAAAUGCAUAGGUUUUCUUUUGGUGGUUAUCUACUAAAUAGUGUUAAACAUUUUUCCAUUGGAGCUUUUCUGCAAUAUAUUAUACAGGACCCAUCUUCAUUAAUCUGAUAAUGGUUAGAGUGAUGUUGAAAAUUAUCAGAAUGCUGGGAUUGUGAUAACGCCAGUAAUGCUAAUGGCUCAUUGGCAGCAGUUAACAUUGAGAUACGUAUUGACUGUGUGACUGCAAUUUCCCUAUUUUUAUUGGCCAAGCUUGGCAGUAAAGCAUGUUUAUUUAGGACAAUGUGUUCAGUCGUCACACGGCCUCUUAAUGUUGUCAUACAAUGGCGCAACUAUUUCUCUUAUUGCUACAGAAUCACUCAGACUCGGCGAGGUGGUGGCAACUUUAUUACCACAGUAAUUGAAUGUGGAGAAAAUGAGAGCUCUCCUAAGCAGAGUCCUGUAGUUAUGGUGCCAGGAGAGCUGGCUCCCCCCAAUUUAAAUAGUAAAAGCCUUUUAGAACAGUCCGACUUCUUACCUUGCACCCAGCCACCUUUACCUGGUGGCACCACGCCUCCACUACCAAUGAUAGAAAGCUACACUAAGGCCCGCAGUGCAGAUUAACUCACUGUGUAUAUUGCAGAUUUAUUACAAACAUUAUUUUCUUAAAUGGUUGGUGUUACGCCAAUCACAAAACCGUAACAUAUUAAUUGUAAUACAUUCACUUUAUUUACUGUCUUCACAUCUUGUAGGAUAUGGCACGAUAGCCCCCCGAACGGCAGGCGGACAAAUCUUCUGCGUGUUUUAUGCCUUGUUUGGGAUUCCAUUAAAUGUAAUUGUUCUAAGUCAAGUUGGUAAAAAACUGUCCACGUGGUGCAAAAAGUUGGGAAAGUGCUUAUUUAGUAGAGGAGUGAAAAAGGUAAGGGAGCUCAAUUUUUUUUUACCAUUUAUUGGAAUAAUUUAUUUCCUUUAAUUUUAUUUACCUUAAAUGGAAGUAUCAUUAAAAAUAGAUUUCUAGGUGGUUAAAAUUAUUUACUGAACUAUAAUCGUCUUAUGUAAGUAUGGGGUUAAUUUACUAGAGCCUGACAUUUUAUUCCUUAUAAGGAAACGCGAAAGGCAUCGAUUGUUUUCUUAUGUGUUUUUAGCUUGUAUGGUGACACGUUCUCUUUAUUGCACUUUUAAUUAUGUAAUAAAAUAAUAAAAAACUUUUUUUAUUGUGUGGCAGACUCUAUAUUCUGUGUAUUAUCCCAGUGCAACUCAAAAAUGUAUAUCAAUUGCUGAUCAAACUAAUUUUAUCUCAUAAACCUUACCCGAAUAAAUUGAACUAUUUUCGUUUUCCAAACAAACAAAUAUAACUCAAAGUGUUUAGUUUGUGUGUAUUGUUUUUGUGUGUGUUGGCUAUAUAAGUGCUGUAGCUGUGUGUGGUAGAUGUGUGUAUUGCAGCUGUGCGUGGGUAGCUGCAUGUGAUGUGUAUGUGUGUGGUUAUUUGUGAGUGAUUCUGUUUUCUUUUGUUUUUGUUUUUUUGUCUGUAUCUCAAACUAUUUUGUAUAAUGAUGUGUAUUUCUUUCUUCUCCAGAAAACGGCAAAAAUUCUGACAAUAAUAUUUUUUCUGGUGAUUGGAAGUAUUGUCUUUAUGACGAUACCUCCUUUUGUUUUUUCAUUUACCGAAGGCUGGAGUUACCAGGAAGGCAUUUACUACGCAUUUAUUUCACUCAGUACGAUUGGCUUUGGUGACUAUGUAGUUGGUUAUGGUAUGUAUCUGUCUCUAAUGUUGCUAAUGGUAAGAUCAAAGUCACAUUAUUAGAGCCGACUCACCUUACCAUUCUUUUCAAACCAGGUACAAUGUUCAGUCACUUUAACCCUGUAUAUAUUUUUGUUGGCCACUUUGGUUUCUAAUUUCAGAUGACACAGAAAUAUCCAACAGGAAAUUGUCAUAUAGAAAGUGCAUACAAGAUUGAAAUCCCAAAGGGUUUAAAAACUGUUCUUAAUUAGGAGGGAAAGAAUUUUGGGCCCAAAUCCCUCUGUCCCUAUGCAGCCACCUUAGGUCACCAAAUGGUUAAACCAGCUAUGAGAUAGGGACUCUAUCAUGAGAAAUCACACAUUACAUUUUAUAUGAAGACAUCAAUAUCUUUUUAUUUUUUUUUAUUUUUUUUAGAGUCGAAUAGCCACCGCAUGUUUCCAUUCUUUCGUGUGUUGGUGUGCUUUUGGAUAAUGUUCGGAUUGGCAUGGCUUUCACUUCUCAUUAAUUUAUUAACUUCAUUGUUAGAAGAUACAGAAAAGAAGAUAGUCAAAAAUUUUCACAAAAAGGUAAAACAGCACAAAGCGCAUGAAGAGACCCACUUGGAACCAGUCCACACAGAUCCGGAGGACGCCAAGGUCUUGAUAAUGGAUAACGGCAAGAGUUCCAGCAGGAGAUCGAAAAUGAGUGACAAUGACACCAGUGAGGUGUAGAGCUUAAACAAAUAUCUCUAUUCUUUAUCUGAACUCCACACCAAAUACAAUUCACAGGAAAUUUUAUUUUAACAACUGUAAGGUUUCCUGCAUUGUAUCUCCUUACCUGUACAUCAUUGUUGAUGAAUCUCACCUUGGGAGAGGAAAAGAUUGAAGAAUGUUAUCAGGGUCAGUAUGUCUGUAGGUACAAUCUAGGUGAUUUGGUUUUCCACUAAACAGUGAAAUAUGAUUUACAAAAAUUAAUAUCUGAAAAAUUAAAGUGGACCUGCCACUUGCGGGGUGUCUGCAUGUGACAUGUUAGGUAGAUAAUGGUGCCGGGGGUGGAGUGAGGACCAUGUUGGGGGAUAUACUCACUAGAAGUUCUCCCUUAGUGUUACCAUAGAUUUCUACUGAACAUCACGUAAAAAGGUGCUAGAACAAAUAGAUUUUAUAAAAAAAAAUUAAUUAUGGUCUUUCCCCCAACCUUUCAAUCAAUUCUUUCUCAUAGACCUCUAUGUUGAGGAACUGAUUGACAGGACAGCAGAAGACCCAGGUGGGCUUUCUUGCUCUCGGACUCAGCUAUUCCCCCUGAAAAUCUUUGUCUUUGUUACUGGUAGAAUAUAGGAAUGGAGUGACUGAUGUUACUCAGCUUCAGUGCUCUUAUACCGGCAGUAACGCCAGUGUGUUGAUGUCAUGAAGUAUCGCUCUUCUGACGUUCUGUGCGCUUGUGCGAUGUUGUUGCGUGACUUUGCACAUGCACGCUUUGUUUGAGGCAUUGCGCCUCUUGCGUUUGCACAUUGCGUUCCACCUACAGCUUUGUUGCUUAUUAUUUUGGCUCCAUGCUCUAUUGCCUGCUCCUAUUGACUGCCACAAUUGGAAAUAUAGGGUAAGUGGUUAUUAAUACGAAUUGUUUUAUUGUAUAUUGUAUAUUGUAUAUUGUAUAUAUAUCGCUGCCCCCACUUAGAUUGCUCUGAAACUGACCUAUUGGUGUUGGUCUUGUUGUGGUGGGUUCUACCUGUCUCUGUCUCUGUGGCUGAGAUAAUCAAUUUGGAUGAUCUCAGCCAAUCCAAUGCUUUCCCACAGGAAAGAAUUGAGGAGCUAUUGUGCAUGCACAGCAAAAUGCCACUCUGCGCCAAUCAACAUCUCCUCAUGGAGAUGUAUUGAAUCAAUGCACCUCUAUGGGGAGUGUUCAUAGAUGCUGCACUGACCCAGGAAGCAGCUCUAGUGGCCGUCUGAGUGACGGCCACUAGAGGUGUAACUACGGUAAUCUAAACAUUGUGUUUGCAUUGAAAAGCCUGCAGGUACAGGCUAUAGACACCAGAACCACUUCAUUAAGCUGUAUGCUAUACAUUAAGCUGUAGUGGUUCUGGUGAGUACAGUCAGCACUACAUUUAAGGUCAAAACAUUACUUUGUGCGAUAUGAUGAAAUAAAACUGCAUUAUAUUUGAACCCAGUGAGUGCCUUUGGAUGUGCUGUAUCUAGGGGAAUCGCUGGCCCUGGUCAAGUUAAGCACUCUGUGGUUCCUUGGAUGAGUCUUUUUUUUUUUUUUUUUAAUAUACUAUAAACUAAGUGACAGAGCGGCUGUAGCAUUAACCAGGCAGAGAAUCUUGUUCCAGGCUCGCUAAUGAUACUGCUGUAUCUGGCCCUACACCUCAAAUAGCCUCUAUAUAUAUUGUUUCAUACUGAAUCAUUGUACCUCUAGACUGCUUACACCAUCACCACUUCAAAUCAGUGCUCGGAGGGACUCUUUAAAUACACAAUUUAUUACUAUAAUAAGUUGUUUAUUUAAAGCAUAAGGAGAUUUUAUUAGUUAACGUAACCCUGUCAUGACAGGUUCACUUUCCCCCAAAAAAUCCUAAAUGACCAAUAUUUACCAAAUGUAGGCUUAAUUUGAUAAAUUUUGAAAAUAGUUUCCCAUUCAUUGAAAUGUAAUAUUUAGUGAGUACGCCCUUUAUGUGUGUCUAGGUCACCGUGAUAGGUUACCAUUACCCAUAACGGUCUGACACCGGUUCACGGGCGCUCUGCUGUGUGACAGUGACAACUUUCAUCACUGAUAUGAAGAAAUAUAUGCAUUCUGCCUUUCUAGAUGGUUUUAUGGAAUUUUAGAAUAUAUUAUCCCGUUUGUAAUAUAUCGGAAUAAUGCCUAUACUGUCCUAUGGCUUUUGUUUACACGUUACGUUUUGUAGCUUUUGUAGCUAAUUUAUUAGUAGGUCUGUUUUUAUAUGUGUGAUUUUUACAUCGUCCUUGACUAGUGCUAUGAUACGCUGGCUUGAAUUCUACAGUCUUUAUUUCGUCCACAGCCAUAUAUCUUCUUAACAUAAAAAUAAUAAAAUCAGAAAGCAUUAGUUGUGUGUAGAAAAUCAUUACCAUAUCAACUGCGAUAAUAUAUUAUAUAGUAUAAUGGUAACAAGGAGCUCGGGAGACGUUAAAAUAAACAGCAAGACUGGUGGUCAAAUGGUUUAUAAAUGUCUUCAGAGAUAUUUUUAUAUAAAUAUUUUUUGUCAAUCUUUUUUUUAUUGUGGCAUAGAUUGAACAUGAAAUACAGUGGUACAACCAUGACAUAAACAGGAUGAGUCAUACUAAGACAACACGCAUACGGGGACUGGCGUCCGCAUGGAGGCAGGAUAUACAUAACAUUAAUAUUCAGUCAAGGUCACAAAGUGACUCAAAGAAAACAAAAUAUAUGCCUGGGGUAACAAUCAACGCUAGACUAUAAUAGAUUCAUUGGCUUAUAUAGGUGCGUUGGAACAAAGACAAAAUAUAUGCCUGGAGGAACAAUCUAGACUAAGCAAAAGGCAAUUAUCUGGCAUAGUAUAGGUGCUUCAUUACAGGCCAGGUGUACAAGAUUAUGGUACCACUGGAUCCACAAAAUGAUUGGCCCUAUAAAGCAUAAAAUAAAUUAAGAACAGAUUUAACAGGGUGGUUGGAUGGAGUGUGGUUGGCCUUUGGGCAGACUUCAAAGCAAUAAAACAUAAUAUAUACUUGGAGUAAGAACCAAGGCUAGGUAAUGGUACAUUAGCCAGCAUUGUGUAUGUGCAUCCUAUCAAGCUAUACAAACAUAAUACCACUGAAGCUUCACGUUAUUGCAUAGUAACAUAUCAGAAAAUAAAAGUGCUGUCACAGCAAGAUAAAAGUAAAAUAAGGGGGGCGAGCUGGGCCGCCAUGGCGUAUGGCCGCAUGUCAGAAGUGCUCCUGAAGGUUCUGGCCUCUACUUGACGACUUUCACACUGUUACACUUACCUUGAGCUAGAAUCCUCAAGUCUACUAUGCAGGCAGCUUCUGGGGCUACGAGAGUUUUAUGCCCCCGAGGGGGGUAACGCUCUGAUUGGCUGGAGAUCGCGAGACACUUCAGUCUGCAGCUCACACCCGGCGAAGCUGCAGACUGAAGGCUGGCUCUCCCCCAGGGCAGACCGAGCGGAGGGGCUUCGCACCCAGCGGCAUAAUGGGCAAGCUGCCGGGCCCCCUCAUGUGUCGGGUCCUUGGUUAUAGACCGAGAACCCGACAGUUUAGUCUGCCCUAAGGUGAUUCAGGCGGCCGCGAGGCCCCUGACAGUGCGAGGACCGCCUCUGAAUUCCAAGCACUGUGUCUCUUUUCUUGCUAUAAUUGUUAAAAAUUUGCAUUAUUAAUGCUAUGCCACACAAUUGUGCUACUAUGUCUUUUGAAUUGCUUUCUAUAGCUGUUGUGGCUCUGCAAGUAUGUUUGUAACUACAUGCACAACAAAAAUAAAGAAUAAUAAAAAAAAUAGUAAAAUAAAAGGAAAAUGGAGAUCAAUAUGAGCAGUAGCGAGCAAAAAAACAAAUAUACAAUUGGAUGCUGGUUAGCAUGUAGUAGGCUUUUGGGUAGGCAAAUAAAUGAGUCAGAUUUCUGGCUAGCAGGGAGCUUGGGUUGUUAAGUCACGAGUCAGCCAAUGCCCUGUGUCUGUGGCAGGAGAAAUAGUUGAGCGGUGUUGUGUGACAGGGUCUGAGCAAGACAACUCCCCAGCCCCAGGCCAUCAUGAAGGCCUGCACCCUGAGAUCACGAACUUGGGAGCUUGAUGGGGAGUCCAGGUUCUUCCCCUUUGGGGGGUGGCAGAGGCUCCUGAUGGAUGUCGAUGCCUGCGGAAAUGGCUCUUUUGCGCCGGUGGUCAAUGCAUCGGAAUAUAAUCCCUGUUAUUCGUCAGUCCAGGUAGGCCAUGGGUGGGAGACUGAAGCGCUGGUGUGGAGGAAGUGCCCAGGGGGGACCCGCUUACCUCCUGUCUCUCCUCUUUCAAUUCUCUCUCUCCAACUGGAACCAGUAUCACCUCAAGAUGAGCAGAUAGUUUGGCCCAGAAGGAUCCUCGUAAGCUCUUGUACACAAGGUUGCUGCACGUCUACAAUCUUAACGUAAACCGUAAUGCCCAAGGCUAUUGCUGGUGCAGGUGCUUGGGUUUAGCAGAGGUUAGUGAGGCUCACCAGUGGGUACCGGGAUAAAUCCCACCGGACAAAGGGGGAGGGGGGAACAGCUAUAUACUCAUCUCACUGCGAUGAUCAGAGGGCUGAGAGAGCGGCUGUCUCUCCUCAGCUCAAACUCGAGUAGGCCGCAAGCCCUGGUCCGGGUGAUCCAGUUCUGUAACAGGCUUGUGUAAGGUAUCCCCAGGUGCACCGACGGCGGCAUAGCAGGGUAAGUACUAACUGAGGUCAGAAUGUAUAUGUAGCCCCCUGCUAGACCCAUUUUUUCCGGUACCAGUGUGAGUGUACUAUACGGUUAAAGGACCACUAUAGUGCCAAGAAAACAUACUCGUUUUCCUGGCACUAGAGUGCCCUGAGGGUGCCCCCACCCUCAGGGACCCCCUCCCGCCCGGCUUUGGAAAGGGGAAAGGGGUUUAAACUUACCUUUUUCCAGCGCUGGGCGGAGAGCUCUCCUCCUUCUCUCCUCCUCCGUUCCUCC